AUGGGAGCUGAGAACGCCAUGUAUCAAAUCGAGGCGAACCAAGCCUACAAUCAUGCUCAGAUGGAGAACAAUCUUCACUACAUUCAAGCGGAACAAGCUCUGCAUCAUGCUCAAGUUGAGAACGCGAUCAACAACGAACAGGCUUUCAUCUAUGCCAAGGAGGAGGCGGCUUUGGCCAACGCUCAGAAACAGGUGGCCAUGAACUACGUUGUUGCUCAAGAGAUGCGUCCACAUUAUUAUGGCUAA